UAUUUUAGAUUUCAUAAGUAAAAGAAUUAUAAGUGAUUAAACAAAAAUAAUUCAAUAAUAUCAUAGACAAUUUUAAUAUUUCGCAAUACAAAAGUUUAUGUAAUUUAUGACUACAUAAAAUAUGAAGCGGUUAACUGAAGAUAAAACGAAACUUGUUUUGGAAAAAUUAACAAAAUAUAUUGGGACUAACGUAAAAUUAUUACUUGACCGACCAGAUGGUGUUUAUUGUUUUCGAGAAAAGAAAGGCAGAGUAUAUUACGUUUCUGAAAAGAUUUUAUCACUAGCAAGUAUGGUAAAUCCAGAAAAAUUGGCAAGUCUUGGAACAUGCUUUGGGAAAUUUACAAAAACUGGAAAAUUUAGGCUUCACAUCACUGCUUUAUAUCAUCUGGCUCCUUAUGCACAACAUAAAAUUUGGGUAAAAUCAUCAGCUGAACAACAGUUUUUGUAUGGACAUCAUAUUUCUAAGUCUGGUAUAGGUCGAAUUACAGAAAAUACUCCUCAGUAUCAAGGAGUUGUUAUUUUUUCCUCAAAUGAUAUUCCACUGGGUUUUGGUGUCACCGCUAAAAGUACAAUGGAUUGUAAAUAUGCAGACCCAAUGGCAACAGUAUGUUUUCAUCAAGCUGAUGUAGGAGAAUAUAUUCGGUACAAUGAGUUCUGCUGAAUUCGUAAUUUUUUGAUAAUUAAUGUAAAAACCUCCGGCUGCUAUAAUUCUCCUUGCAUCAUGAUCUGUUUUAAAACAGUUUGCUUUCAUAGCUAAGUCAUAAGCAUUAAUACCUGGUUCAGAUAGAAGUUCUACUAUAGUAGCACCAUCUAAUAUCUGUACUAGAUCAUUCACUUGCAUUUUUGCUAAAGAAUCAAUAGAAUUAUCAUAAAGAACA